CUCACUCUCUCUCUUUCUAUACAAAAUCCUGUAAUUACCCUUCUUGUUUGGUGUAGAAUUUUUGCUUCUACUUCUCAUUUCAACGUGCCUCUCUGUCUCUCCUCUCUCUCUCUGCCUUUUGCUUCAUAGAUUAGCCCCUCUCAUCGGCAGUCUUUUCAGACCCUACUUGGAAGAGGGGGAGAGGGACAGAGACUGCUUCACUCGCGUUUUUUUUUUGGGGUUUUGAAUAAUUUGUUUUUCUUUUAAUCAAAAUCUGUCUUAGUCUAUAAAAUCUCAAUUUAGAACCCAGAAAAAUCAUUUCUCUAUCGCCAUUUCUUGUUUAAUCAUAAAAAAGAAAGCUUUUUUUUUUUUUCUUCUGAAGUGGGUAUUGGCGAUGGCACCAAGUUUUGACUGUUCUGCUUCGAGCCUUCUGUGUCCGGAGGAGGAUAGCAGCGUUUUUUAUGAUAACGAUUACAAUGGUGUGGCGGCGGAGUUUGAGACUAUUUCGCAGUACCAUUGGAAUCAUCGAAACAUUAAUAACAAGCUCCCCUUUGAUGGUGGAGCUGGGUUGCCAUUGCAGAGUGAAGCAUGUGUGAGUUCGAUGAUUGAAAAUGAAUGCCAGCACAUGCCCUCUGUUCAUUACUUGAGGAGGCUUCAUAAUGGGGAUUUAGACGUGGGGGCAAGAAAGGAGGCUAUUGAUUGGAUCGGAAAGGUACAAGCUCAUUAUAAUUUGGGUCCCCUAUGUGCUUAUCUUGCAAUAAAUUACUUGGACAGAUUUCUUUCUUCCUACGAAUUGCCAAAUGGCAAACCUUGGAUGAUGCAGUUAUUGGCCGUGGCAUGUUUGUCUCUCGCAGCAAAAUUGGAGGAAACGGAAGUUCCUUUAUCUCUAGAUCUACAGAUGAGUGACGCUAAAUAUAUAUUUGAGGCUAGAACAAUACAAAGAAUGGAGCUUCUGGUGCUCCACACCUUAAAGUGGAGAAUGCAAGCAGUAACUCCUUACUCUUUCAUUGACUAUUUCCUCCGCAAGAUCAAUGACGACCAAACCCAACUUAGAAUUUUAAUUUUGCGAGCAGUCCAGCUCAUAUCAUGCACAAUAAAAGGGAUUGAAUUCUUGGAAUUCAAGCCUUCUGAGGUUGCAGCAGCUGUGGCAAUUGCUGUUGGAGGAGAAAUUCUAAUAGGAGACAAUGAGAAAGCAAUUUCAGGUCUCACUCAGUACAUAGAAAAGGAGAGGGUGUUGAAGUGUGUUGAACUAAUCAUUGAGUUAUCCUUGAAUGAUGGGUUGGUUAAGGGUGCUGGGGGUUCAGUCCCAUCAGUGCCCCAAAGUCCCAUUGGGGUGCUGGAUGCUGCUACAUGCUUGAGCAAUAGAAGCGACGACACAACUGCUGGGACGUGCUUGAAUUCUUCGCAAAACAGUCCUGUUGCCAAAAGGAGGAAGCUAGACAGACCUUGUGAAUUGGAGCUGCACAAGUGACGGAAUCUCUCUUUUUUUUUUGGUCAGUCUUAAACCAAUAUGUUUGAUUUGUUCUAUAUAUCAGUUUUGGUGUCUGGGAAGGUCAUCCCUAAGACAAUCAAAACAAAACAAAAAAUCGGAAGCUGGAAAAGAAGGUAAAGAUGAUUUGUGAAUGGAGAGAAUAGAGGAGGAAAAAUGGGAUUGGAAUAUUUGUUCUUAGCAUGAAGAGAACAAUCACCAGCUGUUAAAUAUUAGACUUCUUAACAGCUUGAGAUAAGGAACAGAGAGGAGACAGAUUUGGUGAAUUGAGAAAACAGUGGGAGAGGUUUUUCUUUUUCAUUUUGAGAUACAGUUUGUUUUAUUUAAGGCCAGAGAUUUUCAUUUGAAGUGUUUGAUAAAAAAAACAGAAGUGAAAUCAUUAUGAAAUUUGUUAAUCAGUGAUUUGUUUCCUUGCUUGCUUGUUUUGGUGGAUUUGUUGCUUUCAUGGUAGCUA